AUGGCCUUUGCCAAGCGCCGAGAGACCCUUGCCAUUCUUUCUCCUCGACCAAUGUCCCCCGAGUCUUCUGCAGUGUCCUCUGUCGAAUACCUUCCCGCUGAGCCUCACCAUAUGGGUGUUCCGGAUGGUGGCCGUCGCGCCUGGCUAGUAGUUUUGGGCGGCUUCAUCAACUUCACUGCCUCGUUUGGUCUCAUCAACUCUUUUGGUACUUUUGAAGCCGAGUAUGAGGACGCUCUCCUCUGGAACACCUCCACCGCCACUUGGAUUGGAAGCGCGCAGAUGUUUGUUCUUUUCUUUGGUGGCAUUUUUGUCGGUCCAGCCUUUGACAGAUGGGGUGCUCGCAAACUCAUGCUGACUGGAACGUUUCUCUGCCUGGUCGCGCUCAUCUCCUGCAGCUUUGCCAGAGAAUUUUAUCAGUUUCUUCUCGCCCAAGGAAUCCUUUUCGGCUUGGGCAGCGCUCUACUAUUCUACCCCGUCACGAGUUCUGUUUCGGAAUGGUUCGACAAGAACCGCGGCCUUGCUCUCGGCGUUGUUGUUUCCGGAGCCUCGGCUGGUGGCAUUCUGUGGCCCAUCAUCUUGAAUCAGCUAUUCAUCACGCUCAAGAUCCAAUGGACGCAUCGUGUGAGCGCAGCCAUUGCUAUUCCUAUGAUGCUCAUUUCUUGCCUGCUGGUCAGGGAACGCAAAAGUAUUGCCGGACAUGACACAGCCGGAAACGAAAUUAAGGCUUCGCAGAGGUCCGUAUCCAAGGCAAUCUGUGAUGCGCGUUUCUUGGGACUUAGCGGCGCACUGCUUUUCAUUAACUGUGGAAUGAUGCUCCCCUUUUUUUACAUACCGCAGUACGCCAAGAACAAUCAUUUUGAUGGCACAACGGCCAAUAAUUUGCUUGCCAUUUCUUAUGCCGCAUCUCUGGUCGGCCGCAUCUUUACCGGAUGGGUUUCGGAUCACGUUGGCAGUUUUCUUAUUGUCUUUUCGCUCCUGUUCGGCUUUUCGUCUGGUGGUGUUGUUCCCCUUGGCUCUGCUUGCGUCGCGCAGACAACUCCAGACAUGGGCUAUAUUGGACUUCGCAUCGGAGUCAUGAUGGCCAUUUGUUCAGCAGGAACUCUUGCUGGUGGCCCAGCCGCUGGCGCCAUCAAGGAUGCAACGGGUGAAUGGGGUGGAGUGUUUGUAUUUUCUUCUGCGGUCACCAUGAGUGGUACCGCAAUACUGUUUGUGACCAGGAUGAUUUUCAGCAAGCGCCUUGUAUUCUAA